AUGCGGGCACCUAGCGGUUACACGCGCGCGGGCCUCAUGGGCACCGUGCUGAGCUUCAGCCCGCGCGAGCGGCGCCCGCCCACAGCCGCGCCGCCGCCCGACCGCGCCGCCCUCGCCUACUCCUACGAGCGGCUCAACAAUGCCAAAAACAGAGAGAACAGAGACGCCCCCCGCGAUGAACGACGCGCCACCCUCGACGAUGCCGCCAAGAUCAUCUCCGAAAAGACCGCCUUAGAGAAGAAUCUGAAAAAGCACUCGCUGUUCAUUAAUGCGUUGUCUUGGAAGAGGUUCUCGACGGCUAAUAAUAACAAGAAGAAGCUAGAAUGCAAAAGCAAAAGCGUUACGACGUUCCGAGCGCCGUUAGCGGACAAUGCACCGCUGGAUAGGAACAAGAAUGUGAGCGUGGGGGGAGCGAUAUACGCGCGGGCCCCGGUAGCGCCGCUACCGCCGCACGCAGAGGUAGCGCGGACGAAUGCUCUCAACAACAAUGUAUGUUAUGCCGAAAAGCUCCCGACAAGCGCGGUGGGCUCGGCCCCAAUUCCGGCGCCCAGGAAGACGGUGAUACAGGCGUCCACAUCGGAGUUGCUCAAGUGCUUGGGCAUGUUUCUUCACACCCGUUGUCACCGCCUACGCGACUUUCAGGCCGGCGACGCGGUUAUGUGGCUACGGACUGUUGACCGGUCGCUCCUCCUGCAGGGUUGGCAGGACGUGGCGUUCAUCAACCCAGCAAACGUAGUCUUCGUGUACAUGCUGGUGAGAGAGCUGGUCGACGGGGAGCGGAUAGCCCGCCCUCAGGAGCUACAGGCGGUCGUCCUCACCUGCCUCUAUCUCUCAUAUUCCUAUAUGGGCAAUGAGAUCUCCUAUCCCCUCAAGCCUUUCUUAGUUGAAGACUCGAAAGACAAAUUCUGGGAUCGUUGCCUUCUCAUCGUCGACAGACUGUCUUUUAACAUGUUAAGAAUCAACUCCGAGCCUGGUUUCUUCACUGAGGUCUUCACGGAGCUGAAGGCGUGCGGCACAGUGGACAGCCCCCCGCCCGCGCCCCCUCACCCCGCCCCGGCGCCCCCCCACGCACUCUCGGCUGCC